AUGGCCAAUCUCUCCCUCCUCCUCCUACUCCUCCUCCUCAACUUCACCACAGUCAUCUCCACCGCCGAUGACGCCACCUCCUUCAUCUACGCCGGCUGCUCCCAACCCAAAUACACCCCCAACUCCCCUUACCAAUACAACGUGGAAUCCCUCCUCUCCUCCCUCGCCAACUCCGCCUCCUUUUCUUCCUACUCCAACUUCACCUCCUCCUCCCCUGCCAUCUCCGCCCUCUUCCAAUGCCACCCCCACCUCUCCCCCUCCUCCUGCUCCUCCUGCAUCCGCUCCGCCCUCUCCCUCCUCCCCUCCUUCUGCCCCUCCGCCGCCUCCGCCACCCUCCAGCUCCACUCCUGCUAUCUCCGCUAUGGCAACGACUCCUUCCUAUCCCUCCCCGACACCUCCCUCCUCUACAAAAUCUGUUCUUCCCCCGUUGACUCCCCAUUUGACUCCCUCGACUCCCGAGACAGAGCCCUCUCUUCGCUCUCCGGCGGUGGCUCGUACCGAGAGGGGACCGCUAUAUUAGGUAUUCUUCGAAUGAAGCGCGGCCGUAUGCGUAUGCUAACGGAGGGGGCGGGGGAUCCGACGCCGGCGAACACGGUGAUGAUACUGGGAAGACACUGGCAAUUAUCAUAGGGCUCAUGGCAGGCGUGGCAUUGAUUAUAGUUUUCCUCUCCUUCAUUAAGAGAAGUGGAAGUGGUAAAUACUGAAGUGAAGUCCACCAGGGUUUGUUGGCUGCUUUGGUCUGAUCAAUCGGUGGCAACUUUCACUCUUCACCCUUUAGCUUUUAAUGUUACUUUUUAUGAAUGAUUUUUCUGAAAGGAAAGGUGGUGCUGCAAAUAAGUGAAGCAGGAGAAGUUAACUGAGAUAUGAGAGGUUGCAAGCACAGCUGCUUCUUGUAUAAGUUGGUUAUGAAACUAUAAUUAUUGUUAUUAUUUUUUUUUUAUUUCCUGCUCAUGUAUUUUAAGGGUUAAAGAAGAAAUGUAGGUUUUUUAAUGUAUUUUUCAGUGAAUGUGAAUUUAGAAAUUAUGUUAUUGGGAAAGGAGUCAAAGUUUCGAAUAUUUAUGAUAUUUGUGCUGA